CCCCCCCCGAGGCCGCGCCCACCUCCAGAAACCUUUCCUUCAUCCAACGGCCGUGAGAGAGGAAGAUGGCGGAGCUGAGGAGGUGGCGGUGCUGGCUGCUGUUGUGAGGGGAGCGGCAGGAGAGUGGAAGAAGAGAGGCUGGAGGGAGACGGAGAAGGACGCCAGAGGAAGAGACAAGAGCACACCCUCUUCCUCCAAACCCCUUUGGCAGGGAGGGGUAGUGGGUCACUAUUCAAGAUGGCCGCCCCUCCCCUUCUCUAUUGACCUGCUCCUCCAUUCUAAAGCAAGAGGGUUUAUGCCUCAUUACUCUUCCCCAAGACCCCAUUUUGGCCUGGUUGACUGAACAAACCCUGCUAAUCUUCAGGACCCAGCUUUCAGGACUCUUUGAAGACCCUUCCCUGCAUCUCAUCCCAUUGACAAGACAAUAAGGGAUUCCCCCCCCACCCCACGUUGUAUCUCCCACCCCAUCCACCUCACCACUUCAGUCUGAUCGACUGCUCAGGUCAGGGGCGGGAAUUGGGGUUGUCGGGAUAGACGAGCCAAGUUUCCGCUCCCCGUCAGGUGACCACCACAACAUCACCCUACCCCCACUAAAAAAAAACUUAAGUGUUUGUUUUGGCAAGGAAAGCAGCCACUCGUUGGGGUUUUGUGACUGUGCAUUUCUCCUCAUUUAGUCUCCAAAGGUGUCAAUCUAGUCGCUUGCAUGAGCACCGAUGAGAAAAUCAGCGGCCAGCUCCCAGCAAUAAGUGAGUGCCUGUUUGGUGCUGUCUUGCCUGUUGACCAGUGUCUUGUUUGAACAGCCAAGUGAUGGCUGGUUUGUAGGCUGACCUGCGAUCCGGUCUUCCCCUGGAUUUUCACAUUCAAUAAAUUGCCUGCCUCAGCUCACCCCUGUUCAAGGUAAUCCUGUCACCAAAAGACUGCCUCAGUUGUUCGCCUGGAGUCUUCCUGUGCAAGCCCUCUGCCGUGUUUUAGCUUGUCAGACAAACUGAGCUGAACUGAACCCAGUGAAGUGUUUUUUGUUUAAGCGUUCAACUGUGGCGAGUUUGCUGGGCAUCGAGCAGGAGGGUGCAAGAGUAGCAGCACCGACUACUCCCCUUCCUCUCUCUUUUUCUAUCACCGCUUGCCAACUCCCCUACUUGCUGCAUUCCAGAGUGGGGAAAGGUUAUAAUCCGUAUCGUGAGCUGGGAAUCCCAGAUCUCCUGUGUUUGGUUGCUCUACAGCCCCCCCAGGUGGGAUGUCAGACACCAAGCGUAGCGGCCAGCAAUGGCCAGAGGAGCAGGUGAACCGCGAGCAUGGGCUGUACUCCUUGCAUCGGAUGUUCCAAAUUGUGGGUGCGCAGCUCACCCAUCGUGACGUGCGGGUGCUGUCCUUCCUUUUCGUCGACGUCAUCGAGGACUACGAGCGUGGCAUGAUCCGGAGCGGGCGUGACUUCUUCCUGGCACUGGAGCGCCAAGGGCGCUGUGACGAGACAAACUUCCGGCAGGUGCUGCAGCUGCUACGCAUCAUCACGCGGCAUGACCUGCUGCCCUACGUCACGCUGAAGCGCAGGAAGACGGUUUCUCCAGAUCCAGUGGACAAAUACCUCGAGGACACGUCAGUUACCUACGUGAUGCCACGCGCGUUGGCGUCAACUGGAGCUGCAGAAUGUGGCAAAUCAGAUUCCCCUCACCGCUUGGUGUGUUGUGCACCGGGAGCAGGGCAUCCCCUUCGCCAGAGAGUCUACCGAGGGCGAGCGCCAGCACACAGUCGCGGCAAGAGAAAGAAAUCUGCUAUGGUGGAGCCAAACGAGAAGCAGACGUGCGAUAUCCGCCUGAGGGUCCGUGCCGAGUAUUGCCAACACGAGACGGCGCUGGAAGGGAAUGUCUUCUCCAACAGGCCAGAUCCCCUGGAGCGCCAGUUUGAACGUUUCUCGCAGGCCAACACCAUCCUGAAAUCGCGGGACCUGGGCUCCAUCAUCUGCGACAUCAAGUUCUCUGAGCUGACCUACCUCGAUGCCUUCUGGAGGGACUACAUUAAUGGCUCACUGCUCGAAGCCCUCAAGGGUGUCUUCAUCACUGACUCGCUGAAGCAGGCUGUGGGCCACGAGGCCAUCAAGCUCCUGGUGAACGUGGAUGAGGAUGACUAUGCGGCUGGUCGCCAGAGGCUACUGCGCAACCUGAUGCACCAGCAUGCCCCCUGAGGGCCACCUGCCCCUUUCUGUGCCCACCUUGAGGACCAUCUGACCCUCCACUGCGCCCACCCUGCUUCCCCGAGGAUCAUCUGACCCUUUCCACACCCCACGCUCCCUCCCCGAGAUCCAUCUCCCCCUCGCUGUGCGUCCCCACACCCACCCCACCCUCCCUCCCUGAGGUCCAUCUGCCCCUCCCAGUGCACCCCCACCCCUCCUCCUUCCUGAGGACCAUCUGCCCCUCCCUGUGCGUCUCCACACCCACACCACCCCCCUCCUUGCUGAGGUCCAUGUGCCACUCUGUGUGCGUCUCCACACCCACCCCAUCCACCUUCCUGAGGACCAUCGGCCCCCACCCCACCCCCCCCCCCUUCCCAAGGUCCAUCUGCCCCUCCCUGUGCGACUCUCUGUACUUCCCAACAAGGGCCAUGCACUUUUCCCUUGUGUGACAGUCUGUCUGUCUGUCUCUUUCUUCCUCCUCCAUCUCCUCACUACCUCUGUCCCCGUCCGUCAUUCUGUGUCAGGCUAUCUCUGUCUGGCCCCAUCUGUCUGACUGUCAGUCUCUCUCUCUCUCCCUCUCUCUCUCUCUCCCUCUCUCUCUCUCUCUCCCUCUCUCUCUCUCUCUCCCUCUCUCUCUCUCUCCCUCUCUCUCUCCCUCUCUCUCUCCCUCUCUCUCUCUCUCUCUCUCUCUCUCUCUCCCUCUCUCUCUCUCUCUCUCUCUCUCCCUCUCUCUCUCUUGCUGUCUGUCUCUGUCUCUGCCUCUCUUUGCCCCCCCCCCCCCAACCAAUCUCUCUGUGCCCCCCUCUCUCUCUGCCUCAACCAUCCUGCCCCACCCCAUAAUCCUGUAAUGCAGGCCGAGAGCAGGUCCUAUGGGUCACACAGCUCGGAAGGCAGACGCUGGGUGCAGAGUUUUGACAGUUUGUAGAAAGAGCCUGGGGGCUGCAUCUCCCAGACGAGGUGCUCUGGGAUCCCCAUGCGGCUGGAAAGGUCACUGGAGCCUGGCAGCAUACACUAGACUGGUUUGCCACUCUGUGAGUGACUGCCCAGCAUAGGCAGAGACUCGGAAGACCCCCCUCACUACCCUCCAACAACCCAAACCGGUGUUGCUGAUGGACACUAAUUUUUUUAAAGGAAAAGAAACAGGAACACUGUUUUGCAUCCUCUUGUACCUCUAUUCGAUUUUGAGUUGCUGUUAUACUUUCUUGGUCUUACGCGAGCCUGCGAUGACUGAAUUAUACAAAGUGUACACAGUGCGGGAGGAGUGUGAAUGGAAACACCAGCACCCCCACCCCCAAGCAGCAAAGUUGUCAGCGUCUGUUCUUCUCUGUCAAUCACAAGCUCCAUCUGUCACACUUACGGAAAUAAUCAGAUGUUUUAAGUGUU